GCUCUCGCGACGCCAUCAGCACCACCGCCGCCGCGUAUGUGUGUGACACUGUGUAUGCGAGUAACAUUAACCAGAGGACAAAAUGGCGAAAUUUGCGAUUUUACGUUCCCCGACGUUAGUCAAGAACCCCAAGAGAUCAACCAGGUCGAAAUUCGCUGUCGAGCCUCGGGGAUUUCGUGUUUUUGACAGUUUUCGACCAUUAAACGACCUGAGGCCUCCGUGAAUUGAGAUCAGGCUCCUGUGAUGCCGAUUCGCAGAGUAGCAGCAACUCCAACUCAGGAGAAGCCCAUCUCGGCCACAGCAGAAACAGGGCGCGUAGAGACCCCCGAGGAGUCUCCCUCCAUCGGAAGCGAGCAGCCUGUGUCCUCCGUGGACUCCACUGGGAAGGCCGCGGCAAAGGCAGGUGACGCUGCCGAGCCAGCCGAGAACGGCGAGAAGGCGGACAAAGGGGCCGCCGACAAAUUGGAUGACACGACAGAGAAAAAAGAUUUAUCCGGACAGAGUGACAAAUGCAAGGACUGCGUGGCUGGCCAGUGCGCAACACACUGCUAUGUUCUUCUACUAAGGCUGAAGGAUGGCUACAAGUACAAGAAAGCCAAAGUUAAGAAGGUGAAAAGGACCAUCCCGGUGUGGGCCAGCGUCACCGCUGGAAAGAAACUUCCCGUCGCCAACUAUGCCGGCACGCACAACAGACUGGACCAUCUCCUCAUCGAAGCCAUUACGUCAUUUAAUCACAGGUCUGGAGUUUCCUACCAGUCAGUCAUGAAGUACAUUGCCAAAAAGUGUCCUGAAAUGGAGCUGGACAAGAAGAAGUUUCACAUCAAGAAGGCGAUGAAGAAGCAGCUGGAGAAGGGAACCAUCAAACAGCUGAAGGGCAAAGGCCUCACGGGAACUUUCACCAUUGGAAAGCUGACUUCAGCCUCCAAAAAAGCCAGCUCGAAGCAGGAGGCUCUGGGAGACGCUCUGCCGCUCAUCAUUACGCGUCUGUGCGAGCCCAAAGAGGCUUCAUACCUACUGAUUAAGAAGUACCUGGAGCAGCACUUUCCCAGCCUUAACAUCGAGAACAGGCCAGAAGUCCUGAAAUCAGCCCUGGUGAAGGCGGUGGAGCGAGGACAACUAGAGCAAAUUACAGGCAAGGGAGCCUCUGGAACCUUCCAGCUGAAGCGUACUGGAAACCAAGUGCUGCUGAAGGGAGGCACCUUGGAAGAUGCCAUUUUAGCGGCCAUCACAGCCAUGAACGAGCCCAAGACGUGCAGCACUACUACAUUGCGCAAGUAUCUGGUUGAUGCCAACAAGGACGCCAAGGAGUACCAGCUUGUGGCCAAUCUGAGAAGGACUCUCACCAAGUGUAAAGUCCUCGGCUGGAUGGAACAGAUCACCGGUCACGGUUUCACAGGGACAUACCAGCUCUGCUUCCCGUUCUACCCAAGCCCAACUACGCUUUACCCUGACAAAUUCAACAAGGUGUCCACCAAGCCCUCCUCCAGGUCCAGGCGGAGAGUUGCGUCUGACGAGGACUCCGCGGAGGAGGAGGAAGAGAAGGAGGAAGAAGAAGAUGAAGAGUCUGAGGAAGAAGCCCCCGUGCGGAAAAGGUCCACAAAGAGACCCCCUCCCAGGGUCCGCCAUCCCCCUGCUGCCAAGAAGGCCAGCAGAGGACGAGGACGCCCAUUGGCCAAAACAUCUCCUGCCAAGAAAGCGGCAGCCAAGAAGGUGACUAAGGCCAAGGUGUCAGCUUCCAAACCCACCACUCCCGUCAAGAAGCAAGUGGUUGCCAAGAGGACAAAGACGCCCGCUGUCAAACGCCUGAACAAGCGGGGCUCCAAGCGACCCGCCACUCCGGAAGAAUCCCCAAGUGAAGAGCAGCCCAAGGAAAAGGAGCAGGAGCCCAAAUUGGAAGUGAAGCCCAUGGCACCGAAGAAGCGGGGCGCCGCCAAGGGUUCGAAGCCGGCAACGCCGGCCAAGCGACCCACCAAAAGGGGCAGCGCGAAGCUUUUCAAGCAGGAAGACUCCGCUCCUAAGGAACCUGAGGAGGCAGAGGAGCCUGAAGCCAAGAAACCGGCGGGCAGACCUGCAUCUAGGCGCUCCGGGGCCAAUGCCAGUGUUCAGCCCCCCGCCAAAAAAGCAGCACCUGGAGACAAGCGUUCCCCCCGAAAGUCCAAAAGAGGAAAGAACUGAAGAACUCCCCACCCCACCUUGUCUGCCCCCAUGGCCGCUUUCAUCAGUGCUCCCCUCUUUGUCUUCACCCUUUUCAAAUGGGGCAGUAUUUUAUUUUUUUCCCCACCGUAGUAGAAGAAAGGGUUGUACCAUGAAUUUCCUUUUUAACCGGUGUGUAGGGAUGCAGUGCACUUAAGCUUGUGCCUGACAUCCUGUACCUCGAGCAAUUUAGUUUCCUUUUUGAUUUUGAAGAAGUUACCUGGUCUGCUCCAUGUUGGUUGGCAUCUGGUGUUUUUCCAGGAAGCAACACUGUCAUUUUAAUUCAGACCCAGAGCCUGUUCUCACACUGUUGUUCAGAGAAGCAGACGUUCCCCCAGAAUGUGUUACCUGCCCCCCUCACCCCAAAGGUUAUGGACACGUUGUCGCUGUUCUACUACUUGUACUGUUCGUCAAACCAUCAAGUGUCCCAUUGGUUUUUGUUUUGUUUUUAUAUGUAUAUACGCGUGUGUGUCUGAUAGAAAACUGGUUUUAAUGCUUCACAGCUGUAAUUCGUGCGCAGCUCCGUGUUGUGAAUAAGGAAAAAGAUGCUUAGUUUUGCAUCUCCAUCCCCCUGCAUGCAUGUGUAUUCUUUGUGUUAAAUUUUUUUCCAAAUUAAUAAAAUUGCUCUUUGUACAACA